AUGAAUAGAGAUACCGCUGACCCGAACUACCUUAUGAUCGGGACGCAUCCCAUGUCUAACGUGCCGUCCUCUCUGGCUGCUGCAGUGGAUACGUCAUCUGGCAUGGCUCCCAUAAUUGAGAUAGCUACAUAUGCAGACACGGAUGUCUACGAAUGUUAUAUCAGAGGACAGGAGUCUAAUAUCGUCAUGCGUAGGACAAUGGAUGACUGGGUCAACGUCACGCAGGUGUUCAAAAUUGCACAGUUCUCAAAGACUCAGAGAACCAAGAUACUGGAGAAGGAGUCCACCAAUAUGAAACACGAAAAGGUGCAGGGUGGUUACGGUCGUUUUCAAGGUACUUGGGUGCCAUUGGAAGCGGCAAAGUUCAUGACAACGAAAUAUAACAUUGAUAAUCCGGUGGUGAAUACGAUAUUAUCGUUCAUAUUGAAUCCGAACAACCCUCCACCUAAGAGACAUAAGAACAGUGUGCUGAGAAAGACUUCUCCGGGCACUAAGAUAACAUCCCCAUCAAGCUAUAAGAAGACGCCAAAGAAACCCAACGCGAACUCCGCGAGUAAACUGUCAACUUCUUACACAAAACGUAAAAAGAACUCAACGCAGCCCAAUCCUAGUCCAUUACAAAAUAUGGUAUUCCGUACACCCCAGCAGUCGCAUCUAGCCUCGAUACCAACUAGCGAGCUAAACAUGAACCAGCAUGGGGAUACAGAUGCUACAAUAAAUGCAGCUUACUCGGCCAUGUCACACAGCAAGACGAAUGAGACACCUCUGUCACAGGGCUAUCUAGCCACACAGAAGCCUCUUCAAUUUUAUCCAGUUCCUACAAACGUUGGCCAACAGCAAGAGAAAUCCAGGAGAGGGUUUACCUCUUUUGUUCCAUUUGUACCAGAAGGUCAAGAUAAUUCACAUGUUAAUAAUAAGUCUGAUAUUCCUGCUAUAACGGUUGAUGAUAUGUCAAAAUCGCAGAAAAAUGUAAAGAAAAGAAUAAAGAAAUCCAAGUUUAAAGAGUCUAAUGAGGUUGAAUAUAUGGAAAAUAUUCCAGAGGAAGGUAGGGAUCAGCAGUAUGGAAAUGGAAACUAUCAGUCUGAGCCUGUAAAAAGACAGUAUAGAAAAAGGAAGGUGAAAGAACAAGAUGCAUACGGAAUGUACAAAAAUAAAGACCAAUAUGAGCAAGAUCAAGCCAAGAAUUAUAAUUUACAUACAGAUGCUUUCAGUUACCCCAAUGGUGCUGUGGCUGACCCUUAUAACUUUAAUGAUGGUAAUGCCUUGCAAUACAAUAUGACUAUACAGAAUGAUGGGGAUGAGGCUAUAAAAAUUGAAAGCUACAAAGAAACAUUAUUAAAAGUUUUAUCAUCUGAAGAAGAUACCACAAGACCAGAUUAUGCAUUACCAGCAGAACUUUAUCACCCACCUGCAAAUCUCAAUAUCAAUUUUCAGAUCGAUGACCAAGGACAUACGCCUCUUCACUGGACAGCUGCAAUGGCAAAUAUACCUCUCGUCAAGCUUCUGAUAGGUUUAAAUGCAAAUGCAUUGCACUGUAAUUCACAAGGUUUUAAUUGUAUUACAAAGGCUGUAUUUUAUAACAAUUGUCAUAAAAAUGGUGCUUUCCCUGAGCUUAUAUCAUUACUCAAAAUAUGUUUAAUAACACCAGAUAAAAAUGGUAGACUGCCCUUGCACUACCUUGUCGAACUCAGUGUUAAUAAGACAAAGGAUCCAAAUGUUAUAAUGACCUAUUUAGAUGACAUUGUAAAGAAUCUGGGACAGGGUGAUGAGAGCUUAUUAAGGAUGUGCUUGAAUUAUCAGGAUAACGUAGGUAAUACACCACUCCAUUUGGCGGCUUUAAAUUUAAAUUUGCAAUUGUGUAAUAAACUCUGUCAACUGGGGGCUUCUAUGACUGUCAGUAACUUCAACAAUGAAACACCUGCAUUAAUAUUGACAAGAUUUAAUUUAGUUCCUCCCACUAAUCCUUCAAUGUCCUUACCAACAGCACCAACAAGUAGUUCUUCCAAUGAUAAAAAUCGCUAUUACAGAGGGGAGAGCAUGCAAGAGCAAGUAUAUGGCGUCAACAACUCGCUUGGAAAUCCUGUGAGUGUUCCAAAAUCAAAUAUGAUGAAAAACUCCUCCAAAACAAAAAAGGUUAAUACUAGAAAGCAACAGAAUUCUCAGUCAGAAGACACAAAGUUUACAACCAUGGAUGCUGGUACACCCAACUCAAUUAUCAGAAACGUUAACGACAAAAAUGAAGAGUUUUCUACCCCAAAAAUCAAUCACAUACAUGACUCGAACUUAUUAGAUACUCAAGAUACCACUGGACUUCAUACUAUUAUGGAUGAUCUAUCUCAUAUGGAAUCUUUGGUGACGUCCUCAGUAAUAAAAGAUACCAAAAUGACACCAUCGAAGGUUCUAGGUGGUUCUCCUAUUUCACCUAAGAAGCAUCAAAUGCAUCCAGUGGGUGGCUCUUACAUCUCUUCUAAUUUGAAAAACCCUGUUCCACUGAUGGACAUAAUGGCUUCACCAUCAGGAACGUUAAUGAAUGAAGACGGUGCUUCUGAGAAAGACGGGCAUAUCCUAGAGAACAUAGAAAAGUUUGGUUCUGCGUCGUCAACACUAUUUGAAGGUUUGAAAUCUCAGUUUCAAAGUUUACAAACUGAUGUGGAAGUUUCUGAGAGCGCUCUUUCUGAGAUAGCUUCUCAUUUAGAAUCCAUUUCACAUCAGAGGCAAGCAUUAUUGCAUAGCAUGAAAGAGACCGAAGGUUUGCAAUCUGAGUCUGAACUACAUCAUAGUACUGAACAACUAAGGGAGGUAGUUAAUCAAACGAACGAAAUGUUUACUCAAGGAAUGGAAAAUUCACAAGCUUUGAGACUAGCCAUGUUAAUUCAGCGAGAAGAAUCAAAAGUUGAAACAGAAAGAAAUAAUGGAGUAAGCAUUCAAGAAUCUUUGGAUUAUGCAGUUGAACUAUCUGUAUUGCAGUUCAAAAGAAGAUUGAUAAUGCACAAGAUACGUGAGCAAAGAUGUAAAUCCACAUCUUCUACUAAGAUCAACAAGUAUAAGAGAUUAAUUGGUUUAAAUGUAACUGAUAUAAAUGCUAAACUGGAUGAGAUUGAACGAGAAUUAACGACAAAGGCUUAA